AUGGCACCAUUUGGCACUAUCUACUCUUACAUGCCUAGCCCCCGUGUGGCUAAGGCCCAGGCUGUAGCUAACAUCAACGGCCUCGAAGUGGAAGUCUUCCCCGACUUCGAAUUCGGGAAGACUAAUCGCACAGAAGACUUCCUGUCCAAAUUCCCUCUAGGGAAGGUGCCCGCCUUCGCUGGUGCAGAUGGUACCAACCUCUUUGAAUCCGACGCUAUCACCCAGUACAUCGCUGAGAGCGGUCCUGCCGCAGACCAGCUCGUUGGAGCUACACCAGCCAAACGGGCUGAGAUCCGUCAAUGGAUCUGCUUUGCCCAGGGCGAGAUUAUAGACCAUGCCACCAAGUUGAUCUUGUGGCGCCUGGGUAUGGGUACCUUUGAUGAAACUGUCGAGAAAACCAGUCUUGAGCGUUUGGAGCGCAGCUUGCGUACUCUUGAGACCCAUCUUAAUGGCCGCACUUGGCUCUCUAGUGACAAGAUUGACUUGGGCGAUAUUACUGUUGCAUCUGCUCUUAUUUGGGGAUUCUCUCACGUUAUUGACGCUGAGAUUCGUGCUAAGUACCCGACUACUGUCGCUUGGUAUGAGCGUGUUAUUGAGGUGGAUGGCGUCAAGCAGGCCUUUGGCAAGAAGGACUUUAUUGAGAAGCGCUCUGUCGGAGGACAGAAAUAA